AUCAAGAAAGCAGUCAAAGCGAGAGCCCGUGGAAAUGAUUUAUUCAAACUGGGUUAUUAUGGUGAGGCUGAAAAAUCAUACAAUCAAGCAUUGGCUCUACUUCCAGAAAAGAAUGAUGUAGCAGUGGUGAUCAGCAACAAUCGAGCAGCAGCACGUUUGAAGAAAGGGCAAUACCGUCAAUGUAUCAUGGACUGUACUUUUGUGAUUGAAUGGGCUCGAAUGAAAAGUCAAAACGAAUCGAAAUCAACGAUCACCUUAUUGGAAGGGGAUAUUAGCAUCCGAUGGCAUGAUCAACUUGGCAAAGCAUUACAUCGAAAAGCGGAAGCGUUGGAAAAAAUGGUACGGAUAUCAGAAGCAUUACAGGUGUAUGAAGAAUUGAUCAGAAUGGAUGCUGGUGAUAUGAAAGCAAUCAAUGGGAUACAGCGAUGUCAAAGUAAGGAAGUACCUCAACCACCUCCACGACCAACUCCAGCCAAAUCUUCAACAACAACGGAUACGAACUCCUCAGCGUUCCCUGGAUUGGAUUAUAGUAUCUUUGAAAUCAAACAAGUGUCAAAUAAUGAGCCACCUCCAAGCAAAGCAGUAGCAGCCAUGCGGGCAAGGCAAGCGGAACUAGCCAAGGAAGAAAGCGAACGGCAAGAAAAGGCUGAUAUAGUGAAUGCAAGGAUUGAUACUUGGAAACGUGGACGCGAGAAGAACAUUCGUGCACUUUUAUCUUCUUUGGAUACUCUUAUGUGGCCUGGGGCUCAAUGGCGUGGUGCUCCCAUCAAUGAAUUGUUAGAACCCAAAAAAGUCAAGAUCUGUUAUAUGAAAGCCAUUGCAAAAGUACAUCCUGAUAAGUUACCAUCAUCAACCACUGUGGAACAACGUCUUUUGGCAAGUGGGAUUUUCUCCGUAUUGAAUCAAGCUUGGGAUGAUUUUAGAUCGAACAACAAAAUAUAG